AUAUAAUAAUUUUUGCUUUGUUAUUAUUUUUAUUUUUGUUUUUUUUUUUUCUUUCUUUCUUACAAUAAAAUCAAUUCUAAAGAUAUUUUUUUUACCAAUAAUAUCCAAAAAAAGUUAAUUUUAUUAUUAAAACUUUAAAUGAAUGGAAUGGGAAAAAAAUUGUUUGCAUGCACAAAAUUAUAAAAUAGAAUUUAAAAAAAAAAAUAAUAAAAAAAAAUAAUUAAAUUUUAAUAUUUACUUAAAAUUUUUAUAUAAAUUAAAAAAAAAUUGUAAUAUUAAAGAAAAAACCAAUUAACAAAUUAAUUCAAAUAAAAUUAUAAAAAAAUGGUUUAAAAUUAAUUAACACAAAAAAAAAAUAGGAUCAAGUGGAAUUGCUUAAGAAAUAAAAAGAAAAUAUUUGUAUGGUGAAUUUUGAAGCAAAAGAAAAAAAGAAACGCCGAAAAUUAACCAUGAAUAAAUUAAGAAUUUAAAAAAAAACUAGGAAGAAAUUUAAUAUUUAAGAAAAAAAAAAACAAGAAUUAAUUUGAAAAUAAUAACUAAAUAAAACUAAUAAUUUUAAAUAUUAAAUUUAAUAUUGAAAAAUUAAAACUUAGUGAAAUUUUAUAAAAAUAUUUUAUUAAAAAAGAAAAAAAGCAUAAAAUGAAUGAAUGUCUGAAUUUUUUAUACCUUAAAAAAUAUUUGAAAACAUUAAAAAAAUUUGUACAAAAUACAAUAAAAAAAAAUUAAUAUUUUUACAAUAUUAAAAUUAUAAUAUUAAUAAGGAUUUGACUGUACUCGUUUUUUACAUCCAUACAUACAUAUAAAUAAUUUAAGAAAUGCAUCAUCAUUAUAAUUCAUAAAGUUAAAACAAAAUUGGAACGCACAAAGUUUUUACAGUCAAAAACUAAUUUAGAAAAAGAAAAGAAAAUCAUAAAAAUUUUAUAAAUUUUGUAAAAUGUUAACAAAUGAUGGGGAUUUAUCCCCACAACAGACAACAACAUCAUCAUCAUCAUUAUCAUCAUUAGGUAGUAUUAAUGCAACAGCGGUAAUUAAUGGACCAAAUUCAACUAAUAUUAAUAAUUUAUCACAUCAACAACAACAUCAGCAACAACAAAUCACUAGCGUUCCACAUUCAGCAAUCAUUCGAAAUAAUAUUUCGGUAACAAAUAUUAAAUGUGAAGAUAAUCUCAUUCCAAAUGGAUUAUUAAAUAAUUCAAUACAACAACAACAACAACAAUCAUCGUCAACAAUAACACCAAUUCAGACAACAGUUAAUAACUAUUAUAAUGGAAUACCUCAAUCAACAACGACUGCACCGAGUGGAAUUAGUGGUAGUGGUAGUAUUAGAAUAGCAGUGCCUAAAGUUGAAGAAUCUGAUGAUGAAUCAGAAUCUGAACUUUCAAAUAUUGAAAAUUUAAAAGUUAGUCGACGUUCAAAUAAUAAUAAAAAUAAUGGGCCAAGACCAAUGUCAUGGGAAGGUGAAUUAUCAGAAAAUGAAAAUGAAUUAAUGGAAACUGAUCAAAAUCAACAUCAUCACAAUCAUCAUAAAAAUAAUAAUAGCAGUAAUAAUAAUAAUAAUAAUAAUAAUAAUAAUGAUAAUCUCCAUCAUCAUCAUAAUCAUCACCAUAGCCAUCAUCAUCCACCAACAUGUAUAGUUAAAGAGGAACCAAAAGCAUUAAAUGAAUAUGAUUCAAUUAAUUUGACACAUUCAACAGCGAAUACAAAUAGUGGACAAUUAAUAUCACCGAUUAAUGCAUCGAAUAAAAAAUUUCUUCAUCAAAAUGAAAUUUUGAAUUUGAAAUAUGAACCAGGUACAACAAAUUUUCUUGAUAAUUCAUCAUCUGGAAUUGGUUCUAGUACUGGUGGCGGUGGCAAUGGUGGUGGUGGUAAUAGUGGUGUUAAUUCGCCAUUAUUAGCUAGAUCAAAACUACAAACAACUUUAUUACCUGCAAAUCCAAGUCCUGAUUCUGCUAUUCAUUCCGUAUAUACGCAUAGUUCACCUAGCCAAUCACCAUUAACUUCACGUCAUGCACCUUAUACACCAUCAUUGAGUCGUAAUAAUAGUGAUGCAUCGCAUAGUAGUUGUUAUUCAUACAGUUCUGAAUUUAGUCCAACACAUUCACCUAUCCAAGGUCGUCAUAAUAUUUAUGGUGGCAAUGGUACAACAUCAUCUGUUGCAGCUGCAGCAGCUGCAGCUGUUAAUUCAAAUAAUGGUCAACAAUUUAUUCAUUCCAUUUUAUAUAGGCCAAUUCAUGAAAAUUUAGACAAUAAUGGUCAACAUCAGCAACAACAACAGCAGCCAAUUUUAUUAAAAAAAGAGCAAUUGGGUAUUGUUACAUCACAAAUGAAUUCAGUGAAUUCGAAUAAUUUAAAUGUAACACCUACAAAUAAUGUAGAUUCAAAAGAUUUUUUAAUUGAUAAUGAAUCAGGUAUUCCAUCACCUGGUAUCUCAAGACAACAACUUAUUAAUAGUCCAUGUCCAAUAUGUGGUGAUAAAAUAUCUGGUUUUCAUUAUGGUAUAUUUUCUUGUGAAUCAUGCAAAGGAUUCUUUAAGAGAACUGUACAAAAUCGUAAGAAUUAUGUUUGUGUUCGUGGCGGACCGUGUCCAGUUACAAUUUCAACACGCAAAAAAUGUCCUGCUUGUCGUUUUGAUAAAUGUCUCAAUAAGGGUAUGAAAUUAGAAGCGAUACGUGAAGAUCGUACAAGAGGUGGUAGAUCAACUUAUCAAUGUUCAUAUACAUUACCAAAUCCAUUAAUUUUAUCAGAAAAUACAGCAGCAAAUUUAUUACAAGCAAAUGCUAGAAUCAAUGGUUGUAUUAUAAAUUCAGAAGCAAGUUCUGAUUCAAAUAGUAUUGGUGGAUCAUCGCAAAGUUCACAAAGAAGUAAUACAGUUCCACAAUUGUUACAAGAAAUAAUGGAUGUUGAACAUCUAUGGCAAUAUAGUGAAACUGAAUUAGCACGUUUAAAUCAACCGAUUAAUUCUGCAACUGGAUCAUCUUCAAUGGAUAGAAAUACACCAUCAACUUCAGAUGAAACAAAUAAUUCUACAGCAAAUAAUAUAACAUCAAAUCCUUUAUUAGCUAGUACUGGUUUAUCAUCGAAUGGUGAAAAUACAAAUCCUGAUUUAAUAGCUACUUUGUGCAAUGUUGCUGAUCUUCGUCUUCUAAAAAUUGUUAAAUGGUGUAAAAGUUUACCACUUUUCAAAAAUAUAUCGAUCGAUGAUCAAAUAUGUCUUCUGAUAAACUCAUGGUGUGAAUUGUUAUUAUUUUCAUGUUGUUUUAGAUCUUUAUCAUCACCUGGUGAAAUAAAGAUUUCCCUAGGUAAAACUAUUACAUUGACACAAGCUAAAACCAGUGGUUUACAGGCUUGUAUUGAAAGAAUGUUAAAUUUAACCGAACAUUUAAGACGAUUACGAGUUGAUCGUUAUGAAUAUGUUGCCAUGAAAGUUAUUGUACUUUUACAAUCAGACACAACUGAAUUACAAGAACCAGUUAAAGUUAGAGAAAAUCAAGAGAAAGCCUUACAAGCCUUACAAGCGUAUACAUUAUCACAUUAUCCUGAUAAUCGAUCAAAAUUUGGUGAAUUAUUAUUGCGAAUUCCAGAAUUACAAAGGACAUGUCAGCUCGUUAAAGAAAUGCUUCUUAUUAAAUCAAAAGAUGGUGAAGAUUUUAAUUUACUUAUGGAAUUGCUACGUGGAGAACAUUAAAUUGCAACAAUAAUUCAGCAAUAUUUAAUUAUUACCUAAUUUAUAUGUCUUUAGAUUCAUUAAAUUCAUCAGCGCGUAAUUAUUACAUUCAUCGUUAUAAAAAUUAUCAUUAAAUCAUCAUUAUUGCAUCAUUAUUAAUUAUUUAAUUAUAAUUAAUUACAAUACAAAUGAAAUGAAAACAAACACAAUAUAAAACGUCUCCAUAUAAUCAUUAAAUUUUUAUAAAAUUAAUUUAUAAAAUAUUAAAACUUUAGUUUUUAAAAACUUAUAGUUAAAAAAAAAGAAUAAACCACCUAAUAAAAAAGAUUUUUUUUUUUAAAUUAUACAAGAAAAAAAAAGUCUUAGAAUUUAAGAUGUAAGAGAAAUAAGUAAUAAUUAACUUAAUUAAUGUAAUAAUUACCUUAAUUAAAGAAAAAAAAAAAAGAUUUAUAAAUAUUUAAAAAAAAAAAACAAAACAGAACCAACUCAAGACGUGCCUGAACUGCUAACUGCAAAAAAUUAAAAAAAAAAAAUUAAUCUUUAAUUAUUAUCAUUAAGUAAUUGAAAUUAAAGAAAAUACAAUGAAUAGAAAAAUGAAAAAUUAAAAAAAUUAUAAAAUAUUUUAAAUAGAAAAAUAAAACACAAAUUCUAUUAAUAUAUUGGAAUUGCAUAUAGGCUUCUUAUACUAUUUAAAAUUUGAAUUAAAAUUUAAUAACAUUUAAAAUUAUAUAAAUAAAUAUUUUUAAAAUUUUAAUCGGCUUUCAAUUGAUAUUUAAAUUUUCAUUAAAAAAUUAACUAUUAUUAAAGAAUAAUCA